GUAUAGUUGCGCGAGAUUUCUUAAAACCAUUAAUUAUUAAUGGUGAAGAAGUAUUAUUGCGAUUAUUGCGAUCGUUCCUUGACUGAUAAUGCUGAAAACAGAAGAAAACAUCUCGAAGGUGUUCAACACCAAAAUAAUGUAAAACUUCACUAUGAUUCAUAUAAAGAUCCUGUUGAAUUAUUAAUUGAAAAUAGUAAGAAUCCUACUUGUAGAAAAUUUAAAGAUGAUGGAUAUUGCCCAUACGGAUUAAGUUGUAAAUACUCCCAUGUUCCAAAAGGAAUCGAUUUCACAUUCGUUGAUCCACACUAUUACUUGGCGCAUAACCCGCAUCUCCUUCAACGACAAACUAAUAGAUUUAAUAUACAACAAGUCUGGAAUCGACCGAGUCAACCUUCUGUUCAAAAUGUCAAAUAUAAAUUACCACCGGGAUUGCCUAAAAAUUUACCACCUUCCUUAAGGCCACCUCCGCCAACCGGCUACGAUUUUUCCCAUGCUGCACAGUGGGAUUAAAAUGAUUGCAAUCAAAAGUUAUAUGCUCAAAUCAAAAGUAUUAUGUUCAAAAGAAAUUUUACAUUGCAGCAUAAAUAUAUUGAUCAAAAGGCAUUUUUUGAAUUCUCAAAGCCCUUACUCGCUUAUAAUAUUAGUCGACCAAUUAUACCUUUAUAAAAUGUUACAGAAUUGUUUUUUCUGUUGAAUAAUGAUUAGAUUGGUAACUCAACAUCGUUAAGAAUAAUAUUA